AUGUUCCCUGGCGAUUUGGUUCCCCGCGAGGCUUCUGUGGCAACCACCGCCGCGGCGCGGCAAGAGGACCAACGGCAACGAUCGCACCCGCAGCAGAAUGGCAGUGAGGCAGCAGCGAGGGCAGCGCAGCUGUCGCUGCUCUUUUCCGCAAUGCGUGGUGACGCACAGGAAAAUGCGCAAACGAAGGCGGCGGCGGGUAACGUUUGGUCUUGGACCUCGAGCGACGGCAGCUGGGGGGGAGCGGGGGUAGAGGGGACGACGCUGAGGGAGGCAACCGCAAUCGCGUCGACACCAUGCAGACGAUGGCUCUGCGGGGACGCGUCCGUGGAACGCCGCGCCCCCUCCACGACGCUCCAGCAGCCAACCACGCAAAGGAAACAGUUGAGACUGAACGACGACUGCUUACUGGAUUGCCCUGCCGCAUGCGUUCUCGCGUCGCCAGUGUUUCCCGCAGUGUCAGGGGUGACGUCCGGCAUCGCCACCACCGGCAGCAGAACAGCAACAGCCGUGCAACCAGCAGAGCUGGUAAAGCGAAGCGCAACAGUACUCAACUUGAACGCUGUGCCAUUCGUCCCGUCUCGCAUGGGGUCGUGA